UGUAUUAAUCUACCCUGAAUGAUAGAUGGCAGAACGAUAUUGUAUCGUUCUAUUGCUAAAGUUGCAUGUCCGGUUGACCACGAAGCGGUUUAUGUGGUAGAAGGAAGGCGUUCUAUAAUACUAAAUUCAAACAUAUCUCUAAAUUGUGAUGGUACGUCCUAUAGUGUUCGUGAGUGGUAAUGUGAAGAAGGUAGAAGAGUUUGUUGCCAUACUGGGCAAGUCAUUCCCACACAUGGUUGAGAACCGAAAGAUAGAUUUACCUGAGUGUCAAGGGGAAAUAAAUGAUAUUUGUAUUAACAAAUGUAAAGAAGCUGCUAGGAUAGUGAGAGGUCCUGUAGUUACUGAAGAUACUUGCCUCUGUUUCAAUGCUUUAAAUGGUCUUCCAGGACCUUACAUUAAGUGGUUUCUGGAAAAGCUUGGGCCAGAAGGGUUGUACAGGAUGUUGGCCGGCUGGGAAGACAAAUCUGCCUAUGCUGUGUGCACAUUUGCGUACUCUCCAGGUGGUGAGAAUGAUGAAGUACUUCUUUUCCAAGGAAAGACAGAGGGUCUUAUCGUCAGCCCCAGGGGCACUCGUGAGUUUGGAUGGGACCCUUGUUUUCAACCACUAGGCUAUGAUAAGACUUACGCUGAGUUACCUAAGGAAGAGAAGAACAAGAUUUCGCAUCGAAGUCAAGCUCUUCAAGAAUUCAAGAAAUAUUUUAUUAGUAAUAAGGAAAAGCUUUCUUUGUAACAGAAGAGUCUGAGGUAACUUCAAUGCUUUAUUUCAGUAAUUUUUAUACCGGAGGUACACAGAGUUUAUUUUAUAUAUAUAUAUGUGUGUGUGUGUGUGUGUGUGUGUGUGUGUGUAUGUAUGUAUAUCUGCCAGAGAGACAUGCCAGAAUUGUUGAAAAUUUAAAUUGUACUUGUAUAUCCCAGUUCUGAAUGUAUACAUUAAAAUAUCCAAAGUCUA